AGCAUCCCCCUCAGAGAGUGUGGGGGCCUGGGUGUGGACGCAACCCCACACUGAAUGUCCUGGGCUCUUCUCAAAACAACACUGUGAUCCCACCUGUGAUGUACCCCAUCCCCACCUACCUGAUACCUUACUUCACCGCCAUCCCGGGUGGGAUGUGCCCCUGCAAGAGCAUCACCGUGUCAGGAACUGUCCUGCCCAGUGCUGAGAGGUUCCACAUCAACCUGCGCUCCAGGAGUGACAUCGCCUUCCACCUGAACCCCCGUUUUGACCAGAACACCGUGAUCGGAAACACGCAGAUCAACGGCUCCUGGGGGCCUGAGCAGUACUCCAUAUCCAAGACAAUGCCCUUCUCCAGAGGCCAGGGCUUCUUGGUGAGGAUCACUUGUGAGGAUACUGCCUUCAAGGUGGCGGUGAAUGGUCAGCACCUAUUUGACUACAACCACCGCCUGAAGGACCUGCCUGCCAUCAAUGUCCUAGAAGUGGCAGGUGAUGUUCAGGUGACCCAUGUGCACACAUAGACAGGACUCUUGGUCCUGGGGUCUCGGGCUAGAGCAUUUCACUGUCCAGAUCUGCUCAUCACCUCCACUUUCCCUGUCCCUGUCCCAGCCCUUCCCAGCCCACCGAGGAUCUGGAGACACCAGGUCCCUUCUGGCUGCAGCGCCCCUGGGGUGGAGGAGGCAGCUGGCUGGGGCUGUCUGCCUCAGCCAGGGCACCACCUGGGGCUCCGGCUGCCCAAUCUUAACAUCUGAGGAAGGGGGUGGUGUGUGCAGGUUGAAGCCCCAUGUUCUGUCCCCUGGGCACAAAGUGAGGGUCGUGGGCUUUCCCAAGCCCCCAGCUUACACCUUGUCUACCUUGGAUCCCAUUUCCCAGAGUCCAUUCAAGUCCACCUCAGGCUCAAGCCACCACCUGGUCACACACGGGGGGUGGUCUCCUCAGGUUUCCUGUUUCUCCAACCUUUACCCUUUCCUUGUACCAUCACCAACCCUUGCUCCUCUCCAAGAAAGUGAGCCCGAUUGAUACCUGCUGGUCUCCACCAACAAACAGGACCUUCUUUAGCUGGAAGCCCCCCUUUUCCAUUGUCCUUCAAAUAAAGUGAGACAGAAAUAUCCCUGGUGGCCCAC